UGUUGUAAUUGGAUGAAGAUGGGAGAGGAAUACGCAGCCCUGGCACAACGUAAACACAUGUUCAUCUCCUUCGCUGCGUGGAGGACGCACCGGAUUGAGCAGAUAAAGUGAGUGAAACUAUUUAGAGGACCGGAGAGGUUUUGCAGUGUGUCAUCGUUUCAUUUCUUUAAGACAUUAAUAUUACAGUCGGAGGUUACAAGGAAGAAAGAGCGGCCCAGUAUCACAUCAUCUCGGUGCGGAGGAAAGGUGUUUUUCUAUUUGACCAGGACUGUGGAUUAAGCACUUUGGAGUUCCCGGGACAGAGAAAACUUUUGAAGGGUAUUUUAUAUCACAGGAAUGCGUAAGAAAUGUGUUGUUUUACACAAGUGAUGCUUCAAAUCCGAUUUAAAAACAUGUAAACCUCUAUGGAGUGAUUUGGCACUUUUUUUUUUUUUUUGCUCUGUGCGCUCCAGGUCGCUCAUGCUGAGAUAGACUGAAGUUAUUCAUGGAUUAGAAUAAACUAGGAUUUUAACCAGGACUUUAAACAACACAGGAGAAGAGCAUCUUUUAGAUAUAUGCUUUGGGGGAUGGCAACAGCCACCUCAAGUCCAUACCUAGCCAGCAGUAGGAUUUUAUCGUCCGGCUCAGUCCUUCACUCUGAUCGGAGGGGUGGCAUGCAGCCGGGCAGCACCGCUGUGACCACAGUGUCUAGUGGAUACAGAGGGGACCCUCCAGUUAAGAUGGUGCAGAGUGACUUCAUGCAGGGAGCCAUGGUGGCGAGCAACGGGGGCCACAUGCUUAGCCAUGCCCACCAGUGGGUGACAUCGUUGCCUCACGCAGCAGCAGCAGCAGCCGCAGCCGCGGUGGCAGCAGCCGAGGCCGGUUCUCCGUGGCCCCCUGGUUCCCAGGCGCAGGAAGGAAAGAGAAACGCGGGCAGGGAGGACCUCCAUUCGGGCUCAGCUCUGCACCACAGGUCUGCACAUCUGGUUCCACAUCAGACGCACCCUGGAAGUUGGGGGAGCGCCUCGGCGGCGCACAUCAGCAUCGCGGAGGGUCAGCAGCAGCAGCAGCAGCAGCAGCACCAGUCCCUCAUUUACUCCCAGCCCGGCGGGUUCACAGUCAACGGGAUGCUCAGCUCACACAGCGGCCAGAGCCUCAUGCACUCCGGGCUGGUGCGCGGAGAGUCCCCGGAGCUGGACCAUGGAAGUCACCAUCACCACCACCACCACCACCAUAACCACCACACACACCAUCACCAGCAUCACGGCGUGAGUCACGAGCCGCACUCGGACGAGGACACCCCGACAUCGGAUGACUUAGAGCAUUUCGCCAAACAGUUCAAGCAGCGUCGGAUCAAGUUGGGUUUUACGCAGGCGGACGUGGGCUUAGCCCUGGGCACCCUGUAUGGGAACGUGUUCUCCCAGACCACAAUCUGCCGCUUUGAAGCGCUUCAGCUGAGCUUUAAGAACAUGUGCAAGCUGAAGCCUCUGCUGAACAAAUGGCUGGAGGAGGCUGAUUCCACAACCGGGAGUCCCACCAGCAUCGAUAAGAUCGCUACCCAAGGCAGGAAGAGGAAAAAGCGCACGUCCAUCGAGGUGAGCGUAAAAGGUGCGUUGGAGAGCCACUUCCUCAAGUGUCCCAAGCCCUCCGCGCAGGAGAUCAAUUCCCUGGCGGACUCACUUCAGCUGGAGAAGGAGGUAGUCCGGGUCUGGUUCUGCAACCGCAGACAGAAGGAGAAGCGCAUGACCCCACCUGGACUUCCACGCACCCCGGAGGACGCAUAUUCACAGGUGGGCAGCAUGGGUCCGGACACGCCGUCUCCCUCCAUAGACUGCAAGAGGAUGUACAGCGACACGUGAAAGACAGCAGGCCCCUGAAGAACGUGAAAUGUUUGAACAUAUUUUUCGGAAAAUGUUUCACGUUUGUCAUAAUUAAAGAACUUUUGUGUAACUUUUCUUACUGCUCCCCAUGUGAUU